GUCAGAUCAAAAUGCAAUGCCAAACAGGAAGCAGUAAGACAUAAUACACAGAAAUUGUUGAUAUCCAGAAAAAGUGAGAAGCUUGUAGAAAAAUUUCUCAUGAUGGGUUUAAGCAAGCAGGGAUCAAAAUCAAUGAUGCUAUAAAACCGAGACGCCCGUAUAAUGAAAUUUCAAGGGAAGUUCUUAGUUUUGAGAAACAGCUCGCUUACUGCGCCGAAUGCAAUCGUGUAAUUUGCAUUAUAACGAGAACAUAACCUUAAGUUUCGGUUACUUUAUUUGCAAGAUUGAAAAUAAAGAAGAAAAAUCGUGCGGCAAUCGUAUUACAAAGUAAGGCAAUCCAUCACAGGAAAAGAAUGAAAAAAAAAAAUCAUUACUAUCAGAACAAACGAGGUUAAAAUUUUGGAAACUGGUAACCCCGACCAUUUUUUAAACAUUUUCUCACUCAAAAGGUAAAGUGAUAUCGCUUUCUACUUGCAGGUGGUACGUGCUGUAUAAACAUGUUAAUGUGGAUUGUACUUGCGAGCUGUUGUAAUGUUUUUGGUGAUUUAGAACUUGGUUCAGUAGGUCAUCAGUACUGGAAGUUAGAUGGCAGUGAUGUCGACAUUAGUUCCAACAAUGCGUCAGAAGUUAGCAUUGGUCGAUGCUCUGAAGGCAAGUCACUGACUUUCAAUACAUCAAUAUCAUACGUCAGAACUCCUUGCUUAGACGCCACAGGCGCAAGCUUUACAGUUUCAAUGUGGCUUUAUUUACAGUUUACUACAAAAGGUCAGUUUCCAACAAUAUAUGCAGAAAUGAGACAAAAAGAAGGUGAGUCAAAAGGUUUCUACCUAUCGGCAAAAGACCGACAUUUUCAUUUGACGGUAAUCCAUGGCGUGGGUGAAUUUAUUGAACUAUUGCAGAGCAAUGACGAAAUCAAACUGAAAACGUGGACACACUUUGUUGUAACGUUUCUUGCUGAGAAGAGAGAAUUAACCAUGUACAUCGACGGCAAGAAACAAGACCACGCAUCAUUAUGGCAAGGGAUAGACUUUUUUAGUAAAUUUGGUAUACCUAACUGCACCAUCGGCAACAUGCCUGAUUUUCGGCUCAGCAAUAAUUAUCAGUUAUUCGGAUCAGUGAUGGAUUUUUAUCUGCUGAACUAUGGAGUAUCUGAUGAUUAUACUGAUUCACUUAGAGGUUUCCCUGAGGUCAACAAAUCUGCGAACCAAGUGAAUGACUCUGUUGUAUUGGUGAUGUGGACUGCUCCCAUAACAGGACAAUGCCCGGUGCACGCGUACAGUGUUUAUCACAAAGAAGUCACUUCCACAGAAUGGACGUCAGUAAAGGUGACGAAGAACACAACCCAGUACAUUCUUCGGUUGAUCUGCAAAAGGGAUUACGAGAUCGGAGUUACAGCGUGGAGUACGAAUGGGGAGACAUCUCUGAACGACAGUAGAUUGUGGAAAGUAACAACCGGUGGAGCCAAACCAUCACCACCCGUCAUCACGAACUUGGAGAAGUCAAACUGUGGGGUCAAUCUUACAUGGAGAGUCAAUGAAGAUGCCCGAUGUCCCCUGACUGAGUGCACUAUUUACUACAGGCAAAUUUAUGGUGACGCAACAAAGGAAGAUUCCUGGAGUAAAAUUGACAUAACAACAGUCUCAGUGACUCACCAUCAAUGGGAACUACAGUGUGGCACUCAGUAUGAAAUUGCACUGUCUGCUUGGAAUGAGAUGGGGGAAAGCAAACUGUCAACCAGUCAGCAGAUAACAACAGAAUCGCGUGCAGGACUUCCAGAAACUUCGACUAGAAAAGUAAUUGGUAUCGCUUUGGGAAGUAUGACUGUGUUCCUAGUGAUGAUCGUUGGGACUUUCUGCUACAGAAGAAAGUUAGACAGGAAGCGACAGCGAACUAGCAGGAAGAGAAAAUGGUCCAAGUCAGACAUCAGUCCUCUUCAGAACUUGGAGGUCUGGCCCGAGCAAGUUACUUUGCUGGAAGAACUGGGUCGAGGGGCAUUUGGGAAAGUACAUAAAGCAGUUCUGAGAGAUUCUCCAGGAGUGGAAGUAUUUGACGGCAAUAUCAGAGGGACACAUGUGCAGUUCAAAGAAGGACGAACAAUUGCUGUGAAAGUUCUUAGUACAUUAGCAAAUGAACAAGACAAAGAACAGUUUCUGGAGGAAAUUGAUCUCAUGAAGCAAAUUGGUCACCACACUAAUGUCCUCGGUAUGAUUGGUUUCUGGACGAGGUCAGAACCCUUCCUUCUGCUGUUAGAGUAUGUUCCGUGCGGGGAUCUACUGCAUUGGCUCAGGGAAAAGAGAAAACAAGUUGACAAUGGGAAGUUUCCGAAACUUCAAAACAUGGAACUUUUGACACUUAAUACAGUUGAAACCAACAUGGGAGAGAAUACUGCAGGGAUUGGCAGGAGCAUUCUCGCUGACAGUCAACCAGGACAAGAAAUUAAGAAAGUAAAUAAAGGGGCGAUUGAUGGAAAAGAUUUCCAGGACAAAGAAGUAAAUAAUGGCGAUGAAAAGUGUGAAUAUCAAAGUCACAAAGACAAAAAUCUGUGUAAAACAGAAAAAUUGGCGGCUGAAGAAACUGUGGGGAAACAUUUCGGUGAGGACGAAGAUGAGAAAGACAACAGUGAUUUGGAAACAAAUCCCUUCAUAAAACUGGAGCUUUGCGAAGAACCUCUAGAAGUGAAAUACACCGUGUCUCAAGAAGACACUAACAAUGACAAUGACGAUUGUGGAGAUUUGAUUGCUAAAGAUAUGUUAUCUUUCGCAUGGCAAAUAGCACGAGGGAUGAGUUAUCUGUCAGGCAGGGGAUUUAUCCACCGUGACUUGGCAGCUCGUAAUGUCCUUGUUGGAGAAAGCAAACUUGUUAAAAUUGCAGAUUUUGGUUUGAUGCGUUACACGGAUGGAGAUAUAUACGAAGUGAAGAGGCAGAAGAAACUCCCCAUAAAGUGGAUGGCACCUGAAGCUAUUACGAACAGUAUCUACACAGCACAGAGUGAUGUGUGGUCAUAUGGUAUUCUUCUUUGGGAAAUAUCCACAAUGGGUGGCACCCCGUAUCCCGGAAUUAACAACAAAGAACUACGCAAUCUUCUCAACACUGGAUAUCGUUUGGAAAGACCAGAUAGCUGUUCAGAAGAAUUGUAUUCAUUAAUGCUGGACUGCUGGCAAGACGAUCCCAGACGCAGACCUACAUUUGAACAAAUUGUGGCAUCACUGGAGGUUAUGAUGACGAGAGAUACUCCAUAUUUUGAUUUUAAUCAACUGGAUGAAUCCCAUUCGUAUUACAAUAUUGCGUCAUCGUUCAGUUGUACCAAUGAAAUGAAAGACGAACAGACGGAGACUGCACUUGUAUCAAUGGUGAAUCUAGAUGCGCCUAAGGGAAAAUGCUCAGGUUGAAGAUGUGGCGUUUCUUACCAAUGUGACAAAAUUACUCAGAUCUUCCACCAGCAUUAAGAUUUUAAAUGAUGAUGAUGAUAACGAUGAUACUACUCUAUCUAACCUCGAGCAACUGGGGCUUGUUAAGCUGCUACUUUAAACAGCUGAUGAGUCGAGUCAGUGAGAACAUCAAGAGAUUUAUAUGUUGAAUAACAGUAAGUUAAAAAAGUGCUAACAACUGCCUUUCAUAAUAGUGCACCGUUAACAUCAGUAAUAUAGAUCACUUUUCAUUUUGAUGCAAAAUUUUGAUACUUCAUAUCGAUUUGAUUGCCAUGUACCGAUUUCCAAGAGCUAAUUCCUCGUAUCCGUCCAUCGUUCCAGAUUCUACUUUAUAAAUGCGUGGUGUGCAUUUAUUCUCCUAUUGUAAAACUUAGUCGCCACAUUUUGUCUUCUAGAUCUCGACCACUUAUGUGUUAACUUUGUAUACCGUAUUAUCUUUUUCGACGUAGUGGUUGACUAUUUACGCGGUCUGGUUAUAGCACCCGUUUUAGCGUGAGCAUAACCUCAGAAGGUCCUUGAACUGGGUGAUUGUAUCGUAUCACGUUACUUUUAGACAUUUUUAUGUGGAUUAUAUUUCAGAUUUUCUAGUAUCGAAUAUUUUCCAACGAAUCUUCCAGUACUUUGGUGGGCCUGAGGUCAGACCUGAGCAAACCUCAUUUGAAGUGAACGCAUUACGAAGCACGACGGUUUUUUAAAGCCUUUAUUUAAAUUUGUGUAAUUUGUAGAUUUUCAUCAACUAUAACGAGUGUGCUACGGAAUAAAACUUAAGCUUGUUCUGUUUAUAAUUAGUGUUAGUUAUUAAUAGAAAUUUUACCUCGGGAAAUUCUGUUCACCUUGAUAAAAGUGUUCAGUCUAUGUCCGCUAUUUUAAGUAAAAAACAUUUGCAUUAAAAUUAUGGGAAACAUAACAUA